AAUAUGAAUAAUGAAAUGACGGUAAGACGAAAAUCAAACGUCGUGUAUUUUUAUGAACGAAACGUGCCGUCGAAAGAGACGUUCAAAGGAGAACAAAAGAUGGUACAUUCCAAGUUCAACAAGCCGAUGGACCCUAAAAUAGCAAAAAAAACGUGUUCAUUCAUAUUUUCCAUAGUGGACUGCCAAGAUAAAAAAUGACAUCUAAUGGUAACAAAUCUAACACAAAGACAUACAUUACAUUGUCAAUGAUAAGAUAGAAAUAGCAAAGAAUUAAUAUGAAAUAUUGAGUGUGUAGCUACUGCGGAUCAGAUCUGGAGAAAAAUAAUUAAGUGAAACGAUAAACUCAAAAAGUUCAACUUUGUUAUGGUUUCGGUCCAAAUAUCUAUAUGUAGUUCCUCACGUUACGACGCACGGACAGACGACGUGCUCGUGGGAUCGCUCCGUUGCCACAACUGAAGAGCUGACGUCAUCCGCGUCGUAACGUUUUUUUCCCCUCUAACGCACUCGCGUUUAGAGAUCGUAGGCGGCGGCUGUCCUCCUCUUCCUCCCCCCCCCCUCCUCCUCCUCCUCUUUCCGCAGAUACUUCGAACACCUCCACGAUACAUGGCCGACACGUUGAGGCGACUCACCAGCACGUCCUCCUUCAGCGCGCUGCAGGAGAAGCUGGAGAGCUGGCUCAGAGAGUACCACAUUAUCUCCUGUGACCAGAAUCUAAACCGAUGCUGCGAUCUGAUUGAACUGACAGCAAAGAUCCAGGGGGAGCUGUUCACCAUCCUCAACCUCACUGCUGCUGAAGGCAGACACUAUGGCGGAGAGGACACUCUUAGAACGCGCCUGUUGCCGUGGCUCAGCAACUGUUCCUUAAUGGCGAGGUCCUCGAGCUCCGAUGACACCGGUCUGCAGCUUAUGCAGGACUCGAUGGACAAGGACCAGAGGAUCAGGGAGCUCUCGGCCUCCCGGGACAGCGACGCGCAGAAGCUGUGCGCCACCCGCCUGCAGUUGGAGUCGACGAGGGCAGAUCUGUUUGCGGCUCUGGAGCAGGUGGAGGUGAGUAAGAGGAAGCUGGAGGCCUUGGACGAGUGCCAGCGGCAGACCCGCCUGCUGAGGAGCGAGGUGUCCUACCUGAGCGCAGAGAAGGCCACGCUGCAGGAGAGGUUGGCGAGGAGUGGUUCUCCGAGCCUCCUGCCGAAGCCCGGUCUCUCCUCCAGCCCCCCGAGGAGCGAGUCGCUGAGCAGGGCUCAGCUCACGGGCCCGUACCGCCGCGCUCGCCUGCUGUCGCGCUUCUGCGAGCUUUACACGUUGGAGCGCCUGGAGGCCCAGAGCGCGCUCCGCCGCCACGUCGCCGACCUGGAGAUGGUCCAGAAGAUCAUCUUCAUCGCCGUGGUGGAGUCCUUUAACCGAGCGAAGCGGGCGUUCCGGCAGAUCAAGGCGCGCGUGAGGAACACCUUGUCGGUCGCCCACUUCGGGCCGGAGAGUGUGGAGGACGCCGCCGUGGACUACGUGGUCCAAAACAUGGACAUUUACGACAUCCAGUCCGGCAUCAAGGACGUGGUCAGCGCCAUGAACGUGAACCCGCGGAUCUCCUUCCCGCCGGAGGUGGACUUCUUCCUCAUCAGCACCCUGAUCAGGGAGGCGUGCAAGGCGGCCUUUGCCAUGCAGACGCUGGAGCCGCCGCUCGACGUGGCGCCCGCCACCGACGGCGAGCUUUACGACGACAGGAAGUACCGUCGCAGCUACGACUCGGAGCGGACCGCUCCCCUGGUGAUGUACCACGUGUGGCCCGCCCUGGUGGAAGGAGACGCCGUGGUGGUGAAGGGCGAGGCGGUGACCAGGCGGGGCGCCGUGUGGAGUCGGAGCCCGAGCAGGAGCUCCAGCCCCACUCGCUCUCGCUCCCUCAGCCCCACUCGCACCCUCGCCUUUAACAGCAGAAGAAGUCUGUCCCCUGAAGGCCUCACGGCGAGCUGCCUCUGAAGAACGAGCUUCUAAACCAAAUAAAGCCUUUCUAAACGCAGCCAGCGCCCAGUUUACUCUGGUGGGACAGUUUAAUGGGACGUACUGGUCAUACUGGGGGGAGCUGGAAUGUUGAUGUUAGCACAGGCUCUCCACAGCGCCUUGAAGAUACCAAUAAUCCGAUUAGCCUCCACCAGGUAACGGCGGCGUGGGCGGAUUUAUCUCCAGGUUAAAAAACACACUUUUCUUAACAGACGCAAUAUAUUUACUCUGAGAUCGAUAAAAAGCAUUUUAGUGAUCAGCCUUCAGUUAAAAGGUCAUCUGUGGAGAGCUGGCUCAGAGAGUACCACGUAAGUUCAUCCAAGUUAACAGAUGCCUGCUUUUGUGUCAAAGUUGUAUCCUUGUAGAAACCAUUAAUUGCUUUAUUUCUAUUCUUUUUUAUAUGUUUCACCAGUUGUAUUUUUUUUGUUUUACCGCUUGUAAUUAUAAAAAAUGGAUAGUUCAAUUCAGGCUUAUUUUUUUUUAUUAUUGAUGCAUAAACCAAUUCAAAACAUAGCAGUGGAGGAAUGCCCUCGUUUGGAUGACAUUGAUUUCCCCGUUGGGUUUGGUUGCCAUGGACGCAGGUCGCCAUGGCAACGGUUGGCCUGUCUCUGUUAUGUCCAGCAAAGCGACCCAAAGUGAAUUGUUAAAACUUUAACAAUGGUGUAAUUUUGUGGGUGUUAAAAUGCAAAAUUCACUGUGUUCACAAUGUUAAGAUUUAUAUUCAUAUUGUUUAUUAUUAAAAGAUUUUUAAGAAGGUUUUUUCUAGAGUUGCGAUAAAGCCAAACUGGCAUUGUUGUCAGUUCAAUGUGUGUGUAGCUUUGUUAGCUGUUAGCUGCUCAUUCUGCUCCAUUGACUGCAUUAGCCCUGUAACUUAUUCCUACACUACGUUGUCUGUUGUCAUUGUCGUACUGUCACGCACCAACCGCCAAGUCAAAUUCCACGUAUGUCUGACAUAGGAUGGCAACAAAACGAUUCCUGAUCCUGAAGCUGUUUGGGUUAGCCGUUAGCUCUAUCAGCUCUAGUAGCCCUGUUAGCAUAAACCCUGUUGGCUGUUAGCUGCAUUAGCCCUGUAGCCGUUAGCUCCGUCAAGUUGUAAUUGGCCCUGUUAGCUAAAUUAUCCCAGUGAGCACAAUACGUUAUUUCAACGUUGAAAUAUGGUUGAAAUCGGGUUGAAAUGAGGUCUGAACGUCUAAGACCUCAUUUCAACGUCUUUUCAACCGGCAAAAAAGUGCGAGAAACAUCAACGUGCUAGAAAAGGGUAAAUUUCUCGAUUAUGUGUGAUGUUGUAACGUAAGGUUGAAACAGAGACGAUAAUAUCAAUAAGAUUAUCAUAAUAAUGAAUGAACUGGUCGGCGAAAUUUGGUCUACGCAAAGACGUGAUUUCAACGCAUUUAAGAUUUUUCUUAAAACGUCAUGAAUAUGGAAAUACAGAGUGUGUGUCUGUUACGCCGCCACCCCGGCUCGGGAGAGCAGGUGGGGCGUAACAAUAUGCUUUAAGGACAAAAUAAUGCGGGCCGUUUCAAACAUUAGUUGAAAACACCAAACUCUGAUCCCAUCUGUAACGCGCAUGCGCAAGUUCUUAGACGCUUGCACCGGGGGCAGCGCGAGGUGAAGUGUGUCCGGGAGCAGAGCGACGUGAACGGGCUGAUACAACCACGGCUACCGGCCCCAAUACUCUGUAAGGACGUGAGUGUUUGAAUGAAGCACACCUGGAACUAUAACCAGUUAUUUUACUUGUGCUGCCCACUCGAUACGAGAAAGACUGUUAUUUUGGUAAGCUAGUUAGCGCUAGCGCAGAUAGUUUGCUAGUUAGCAUGCUAGCUCGGAGCAUGCUAGCGUUCAACAUGAACUGGACCAAAAGUAAACCUCAUAGAGUAUUUUCCGUGUCUUUGGUGUUGCUUAUGCGUUAGGUUGUUGCUGUACCCAUAUCAUAUUAUUGCCGUUCCCAUUUCAUGUAGAAAAUACAUGUUUUUAAAGCAACACAGAUUGCAGGUGAAUUCAACAAGUUGUGGCCUGUAAACAAGCUAGCCAUCACUGGGAUAGCUUUGUUAGCUGUUAGUCCUAGACGAACACACCGCAGGACUCUGUUUGUUGACCUUCUGUUUGCCACAUUCACCCUUCAGAUUAUCUCCUGUGACCAGAAUCUAAACCGAUGCUGCGAUCUGAUUGAACUGACAGCAAAGAUCCAGGGGGAGCUGUUCACCAUCCUCAACCUCACUGCUGCUGAAGUGGAGUCGGAACCGAGCAGGAGCUCCAGCCCCACUCGCUCUCGCUCCCUCAGCCCCACUCGCACCCUGGUGAGUCCCCUGGUCUUCACUACAUUCCACUCCACACCGUGGCCUUCAGGCUUCACCAAGGUCACAAGCUCGCCUCUAGUUCUACGGAGUUGUUGUCUUUUUUGUCUUAUUUGUGACUAAAACAACCUUCUGUUUGACCCCACGUAGCCUGCAUUAGCAUCAAAGUGCGUGUUGUUGAUCACAUGACCUGCACUCCUCCAACAUCACACUGACUCAUGGGUCAUUUGGAUUUUUAGUGACAGCAGUUGCUAUUUUUUUUAAAUAUAUAUCUUUUGGUGCUGUUAUUGUGGACAUAUUUUUAUACAAAAUAAGACAUAAUAAGGUUCAGGAACAUUUAACAUAACGUGAUGUUUACAGGAUCAUUAACUGAAGAUGAUUUGCUUUUUAAGUUUAGAAUAUCUAUUUUUUCGAAUACUAUUUUUCCUAUUAGUGCUAUUUUUUAUACAAGAAUUGAACUACUAAUUCCUACUAAUUGAUCAAUUCUCCAUGAUGUGUUUUGUGAUGAAGAUUUGACUCCAAAUGUGCCAUUAGGAAUGAUCUUUUAAGAAUAAACAUUUACUUUUCUGAAACUCCA